CCAAGGAUUGGAGGAACAAUCUUAUCCACUAAGAUAGCCGAGGACCAAAGUAAGCCGAAUACUAGAGUGCUAGCUCACAGGUACCAAGGAUUGGAGGACCAAUCUUAUCCACUAAGAUAGCCGAGUACCAAAGUAAGCCGAAUACUAGAGUGCUAGCUCACAGGUACCAAGGAAUUGGAGUACCAAUCUUAUCCACUAUGUUAGCAGAGUACCACGUGAACUGAAUAACCAGUCUUAUUUUCUAAGUAAAGUUUACCAUGUAAUAGCCGAUUACUAAUUACCAACCGUAUCUUACCAGUAGUCUGGAGUACUGUCACACCCAGCGCUAGGUGUCCUGUCUCCCACACACAAGGGUGUGAUCCUGGUGCUCACAGAGAGAGUGUGGCCAGCCACUGUACCCCGACUACUAACUGUAGCAGCUGAGGCAGUGAGAUAUCGCCACUAUACACCGCUUGUGUGAUACUUGUCAGUGGUAGUAGUGUAUUUACACCAUUUACAAACCACGAGUAAUGGCCGACUCCAUUCACCAUCAUCCCCGCCACCAAACAUAGAUUGUGAUUGAUGGGGUGGCAUGGGAAAGUUGUAUGAGGGAUAAAAAUGUUAUCCAAGCGACAUUAUGACCUUGUUUCGGAGGAUGGUUAUGACACCCGGAUCCCUCUUCAUAACGAGGACGCUUUCCAACAUGGAAUACACUUUCAAGCAAAGUAUAUUGGGACACUGGAUGUGCCUAGACCAAGCAGUCGUGUCGAAAUUGUGGCAGCCAUGCGCAGAAUCAGGUAUGAAUUCAAGGCCAAAGCAAUCAAGAAAAAGAAAGUGUACCUGAACAUAUCAACUGAUGGUGUAAAAAUUACGCUACGCAACAAACGCAAGAAAUCAAUUGGUGGACGGAUCACGGAAGAGAAAAUCUUGGUGAUGCAUCACCCUAUUUUCAGAAUUUUCUAUGUGUCACAUGACUCCCAGGACCUGAAGAUCUGGAGCUACAUAGCUAGAGAUGGACCCACCAAUGUGUUCAAAUGUAAUGUGUUCAAGGCUUAUAAAAAGAGUCAGGCUAUGCGAAUUGUCCGAACAAUUGGUCAGGCUUUCGAGGUUUGUCACAAGCUUACAAUCCACCAUGCUGCCCAAAACAAUGAUCCAGAACGUAGCAGCCAUUUCUCAGAAGAUUUAGAAGCAGGAGACUCAAAGCUAGUAAAAGAUAAGAAGGACACUAAAGAGGAAAAGAAACACGUGACCACGGGCAACAGUCCCUUGAAGAGUGAGGGCAAGGUCGUACCCCCGGCCGAGCUUGCCCUCCAACAGGCUCAGGACCUCCUCAUCGCCAUGGCAGCAAAGUCACCGGUGAAACGUAAGGGCAAGGCGUCUCCGCUACACACGACAGGUGAGGAUGCUGGUGUAUAUCCAGCCAGCGUCCAGCAUCAUGUCCAGCUGUUACAGGACCAUGUGGAACAGAACCAGCACCACACCCAGGUGGCGCUCGCUCAAGUCCACCUCCUCAAGGACCAGCUCGCCGCAGAGACAGCUGCCCGCAUAGAAUCUCAGGCUAGAGCUCACCAGCUGUUGGUCCACAACAGGGAAAUGCUGGAACACAUGGCAGAGCUUGUUACUAGAUUACAUGAACUUGAGAUCCAGGUCAAAGGCACAUCAGCAUCCAUGGAAACUCUGCUUCCUCCACCAUCACAGUUACAAUUCUCCAUGUUGCCUGACCCGACGACUCCCCAGGUGGGGCCCAUCUUCACCCCUGAUCAACAGGACCUGGACAGUUCCUACAUGGGUUCUAUGACUGACUCAUCCUCCUUUAUCCGGCACAACAAGUCUGACUUUGACACAGACUCUCCGGAUAGUGGACAUAAAGAAAUGUCCACGGAAAACUUGUCCAAACCAGACAGUGCAUACUGGCAGCACAUCAUACACGGACAGCCCGUAUCGUAUAGUUCACCCGACGGAUUUUAUGGGGAACCUGUCGGGCAGUUCGGGGAUUUAUCCUCAGUGACUGGCAAUCCGUUUGCAAAUGGGUAUAAUGAUAAUGUGGAGAGUUACUUUCCACGGAACUCCAAUGAGGAGCACCUGAAAAUCAUUACACCCCUGCCGAAUCAAGAUGCUAGUGGAAACAAGCUUGAACUUAAACUGACCAAGACACCAAAGAUUGCACCACCGCCAGAAUUCCGAAACUCAAAAUCGUACAGAGAUUCAACAAUUUCGCAAGUAAGCAUGGACAGUAUUACUUCACAAGAGAUGAACCUGUUGAUAAAGGGGGACAGUGAUUAUUUCUCUACAGUAACAAGUUCAUCAAGUUCGCACCUAAAUGAUAAUAGUGUAAACAACAAUAACAACGUGAAAUGCUUUGCUGGUCGUAAUAGUGGUGCAGAAAUGGACAACAGUGUCAAUAACUCGCGCAACAACCACACAGAAACGGCUUUUAAAGGCAACGAAAUGUCAGCAGACUUUGUGACUACUUCUGACAUUCAAUAUAUUGACAAUCGGGAAGUGCGAGCUACAGCAACAACAAAACACAAAAUUCCACUGGAAAUAUGUGAUACAGACCAAUAUAACCAUGCCCGGCGGCAGUCAGUCGACUCGUCCCCUCAGAGCACUUUUAACCGGGAGGUGGCACACCCAGAGGAGGCAAAUAUCAAAAUUAAAGUCCCCCCUCCCCCUCCACCUCCUCGUAAAAUUGACUCUCUCACAUUUGAGGAAUUUGAAAAUCUUGUUUCCUGAGAUUUUGUCCUAUAAUGUUUGUUCUUCGGGGUUUAAAGGUUAAAGGUCAAUCCUUUCACUCUGGAAUUGUUUCAGGCUGGAGGUUACGAUUACGACCAUGUCAAAGAUUCUGCAUAUGCUCUUUUGUCACAUUUGUAAACCAAAUAUUUGCGCAAAAAAAAAAAAAAAGAGCCUUGUGUAGUUUCUUUCCUGUCAGUCUAAGGAGGAUUAUAGAUUUUUGUGUGCUGUAAAUAGUCAAGGAACAUAUAUAAUCAUAACUAUUUCAUGAUUUCGACUACAAAAUGGACAGCUACAAGUGAUGUGUAGUGCUUCAUUGAUUGGUAGCAGUAAGCCUGUAUAGAAUAGGAAGCAGCAGGUUACGUGUAAUAUGAUGCUUUACUAGAGUUACUAUUGCAUAUUAAUUAUUUAUUGUUCGUUUUGUCAACUCUAGGUUUUCAAGUUUUUAGUAUUGACCUGAACAACAGUUUGUAUAUAUAAUUUGGUAACACACCAGGAUCAAUGAAUCGUGUCAAAAACUAUUUGAAUUAUAUUGGAGUAACCUUACCCUGGUAUUUGCAUUUAUUUUGUACUGAACAUAUCAUGUGUGAUAUAAAAUACUCAACAGUCACCUGUUAGGAGGGUGUUUAAAUUGUAUGUGGCUGCUCUCAAAAUUGAGUAAUGUAUACAUAAAUAUGUUUUACUAUAAGUUUGUUGGUGUCCUUUUUAAAGAGAAGCUUCAUCAUAAAUUCACAGAUUUUAGUUUAACUUGAAGAUUAUCCAACAAUUCUUUGUUAAGCCAAUUAUACAGUCAACACUUUUUUUUUGUUUACAUGUAUUAUUGGAACAGAAAAGUGUCUUUUCAAAACAGAUACCACCAAGAUGACAAACUGUAUAUAAAACCUUGCUCUUCAUUAGAACUUGUUAAAGAUUUCAACCUUUAUAGAAAUAUGUGUUCACGUCCCUCUCUAGUAGAUAAGGUAUGAAGACUUCUUGGAGUCUGUAUUGUGAUAUCGCCUGUCUAUAAACUAAUCUCUUGGUCGCAAUGUUAGUGUUACACGAUUUCACUGUAUUCCUCAGUUUGUAGCUUAACUUAUAUCUGUGUAAAAAUAGUAUCUCUCUAUGAAGAAGUGUUUGAUACACCUAAUUGACAUGUCAAUCGGAAGAAGUGUUUGAUACACCUAAUUGACAUGUCAAAUAGAAGAAGGAGGGUGCAUUUUAAUGUUGAUUAACUCCUGCUUUUUCAUGUAUGUGCCAAAUACUCUGCAUAAGUCCUCAAAAAAUGGUUUGAGAACGAAUGAAAUGUGUCUUUUAUGGUUGUUUUUUGAAGAAUUGCACAAACAAUCUGUAAGUUCCCUAUGAAAUAUACAUACCUGUCACUAAUGUAAUAAAUAUACUGUAACAGUACCAGUGUUACACCGACAUGUGAAUUCCUGUACAGUGCUAUAAACGGAUUUGGUGCACUAAUAAACAGAUAUAUGCUUGAGUGCUAAAAUACAGUACACUAUAUUCUAGUUAGCGAUGUUAAGUCACAUGAUUUCUGUUAGAAAAUCUUCACAGUACGGGUCUUUAACUUCUGUUCUGUUUGCUAGAUUCAAUGUGUUUGAUAAAACUUGUAAGCAUGUGUCUUGUUGAAGCAAUACAACAAUAAUCUACAUUUUUAUAUGUAUAUUUAUAAUUCACACAUAAUGUCAAUAAAUUAUGUAUUCAGAAAUAAAGUGACAGAUAUUUGGAGCACGAGUUAGUAAAUCCUCCUGUGGAAAUAUUCACCAUUUUAUUGACAGUAAAAGAGGUCAUCAUUGCACAAUUGAUGUUUUAAGCUUUGAUAGUUUCAGUGAAAUAUUGAUAUGAUAUUUUAUGUCAUCAUUGAUCUGUAAUAUUUAUGAAAAUGUAUCCUAUUAUUAGUGGCAUUGAUUCUAGUGAGAAGUGUUUUAU